GAGAUCUCAGACCAGGACGUCCAGGACCUGGUUAUGAAGUCUAUCGGACGUCUGACUCUGAUCAGACAGACCUUCCCCCUGCACCAGAACACCAGCCAGCGCUGCGUCAAGCACAACCACCGCAUCAACACCUCCCUCUGCGACACCAAAGACCCCAAGGCUCAGACACUGGAGGUAACACACACACCAAAGCUGUGUACCAAAUGGCACCCUAGUCCUUAUAUAGUGCACUACCUUUGACCAGAGCCCUAUCAAAAGUAGUGCACUACAUAGGGAAUAGGGCAUCCGCCCACUUUGCCGCCUCCCCUUCCCCCAGUCACACAUUCUAAUUAUCUUAUAGCUGUUAAUGGCACCAACGUUGUCGCCCUGCGCCCUGAGGCUUGUGUUCUCCUCCCAACAUCCUAAUUAAUUUUUGGGAAAGUGGGCCCAUGUUUUGUUUGUAUCAAACAUCAUAAUUCAUCGCAAUAUUAUCAUGGAAAUGUGGCAUGUCAUUUCUCUGUUGUUAUUUAUUUUUUGAAAUGUGUCCCGGGGCAGCAAUAUGUGUAUAUAAUCAUUUUUGUGCCCUAUAAUCUUACUGUAUGUUCUACGUGUCAAACCACAAUAUGAAAUGUAAUUAAUAUUCCGUUGAUUUAUGUGUGUAUGUAGAGAAGCCUAGAGGGAUAGAUCUUGUGAAACUUAAAAUGUAACUUGCAUUGACAGGUCAGUGAAGGGACUGAAUGAUGGUGUUACAGUGACAGAGAUGGACAGCUUGUAUGAAAUGUUGAGAGACACUGUUCUUAGUCCAGUGAAUGACAGAUUCAGGGAGGUACACAUUGUGCCCAUUGCUUCAGGUUAUAUCAGUGACACAUAGAGACUGUGCUUAGUAAGACACAUAGAUUUUGUUCAGUAAAAGACUGACAGAUCAGACAGACAGACCGAUAAACCUUUCAUACAGAAAGGCAGGCAGGAAGGCAGGCAGGCAGGCAGGCUUGCUGGCUGACACAGACAAACAGACAAGCAGGCAGACUUGCAGACAGACAGACAGUGUUGAGUGUGCUGAGGGGACAGACAGAGAGCAGGGGCAGUCAGUGGAGGACAGUGUGUGCCUGGUGCAGUUAGGCCUGUUUUGUCUGUCAGUGUGGAGCCAGAGCAGCUCAGCGGUCAGGAGAGUGGCCCAGAAGAAGCCCAAUUUCACACUGCGCUGGAGCACAUCAUCUGGGUUUGCCUGACCACACUUUCUCCCCCCCUCACACACACACGCGCACACAGUCUUGUAUAACUAACCUUGUGGGGACACACAAUUCAGUCCCAUUCAAAAUCCUAUUUUCAAAAUCCUAACCCUAAAACGAACCCUUAUUCUAACCUUAACCCUAACCUAAACCUUAAAACCUAACCUUAACCCUAACCCUAAACCUAACCCUAGCUCCUAACCCUAACCCUAAAACUAACCCUAGCUCCUAACCCUAAACCUAAUUCUAACCCUAACACUAAUUCUAACCUUAACCCUAAACACCCUAGAAAUAGCAUUUGACCUUAUGGGGACUAACAAAAUCCCAGUUGGUCCAAUUUUCGUUUGUUUACUAUUCUUGUGGGGACUUCUGGUGCACGCACACACUCCCUGCCCUCUCCUGGAUUGCAGCGCUCAGUGAUCACCCAGCCUCUCACAGGAGCCAAUCUCAGCAGGCAAGCCACUGCCACUCCUCACGCUCCCAGGAUUUACAUGACCACCAGAUGUUGCCCUUUAACCCAGCUUUGUUGUCAGCCCCCACCCUCCCCCUAAACCUCCCACCCACCACCACCACAUAGAUACCUCCCCAGCACGCACGCACGCACACACACACACACACACACACACACACACACACACACACACACAAACACACACACACACACACACACACACACACUCUCAAUAGCUGUUUAGCUCCAGUGCAUCCACUCGGGCAUUCCAGCUACCCAGGCCAAACCAACCCUCCAUCGCCCCUCUCACUCUACAAACCAUUCAUUUCACACAAGUCAAAGGCUUAUUUUUCUUGCUGUGGCUGAAAAACACAGACGCCCAGGAAUAACAACAGUGUUUCUUCAGAGUCAAGAGGAUUCACCGUCAUGCUGUUUUUCUCUCAUCGGGUUGUUGCUCUUUUUAUUCUGUCUGUGGAUCGGUCCCUGUGGAGCAGUUAGGGCACUGGGAACUUUGUCAUUUUCCAAAUACAUAGUGCUCAGACAGUUCAUGUUGGGCAUUUUUUGGAGCAUUUACCUUAAAGCUGAAAAGUAAUAAUAAUUGUCGCAACCCAGUACAAACACAUCCUGAUCCCUCAUUACUAGUGUUUUUGCUUUGGAAUGGCGAGAACAGAAAAGAAAAACACACGCUUACAGAGCUCCAGCCAUUUUGUACGAGUCAUUUUGUGUGUUUUCAUCUAGCGUCCCACUCAAUGUAAUUGGUAUUGUCUCAGAUAGUCUGAGUCUGUUCCAUGUGUGUGUGUGCGCAAGUGCAUGUGUCUGUGUGUGCGCGUGCGUAUGUGCACAAUUGUGCCUACGUGUGUGGGAUGAAUGGAACUAAAGCACCAUCCAUUUACACUGCAUAGUAGUGCCACGCUUAACGUUCUGUAGCCAUGCAUCCACCAUGCAUAGGUUUAAAUGAUCUGAACAUUUUCUCUGUGAAUAUCCGCAGCAUUUAAACCAUUAUUCCUAAUCAUUAUUAUUGUUAUUAUUAAUGAUGUGGUUGGAAGCAACAGCACAAUCACCCAGCAUACUAAAACAGGAGUUGUGUUUUGCAUGGGAGCCUGUUUGCAUCCCAAAUGGCAUCCUUUUCCCUAUAAAGUGCACUACUUUUGACCUGGGCCCAUAGGGGAACCCAUUGGGCUCUGGUCAAAAGUACAGGUAACUGCCAAAAUAAAGGAAACAGCAACAUAAAUUGUCUUAAUAGGGCGAUGGGCCACCACAAGCCAGAACAGCUUCAAUGCACCUUGGCAUAGAUUCUACUAGUGUCUGGAACUCUAUUGGAGGGAUGUGACACCAUACUUCCACAAUAAAUUAUUUGUUGAUGUUGGUGGAAAACGCUGUCUCAGGUGCCGCCCUAGAAUCUCCCAUUAGUGUUUCAUUGAGUUGAGACCAGACGGCCAUGGCAUAUCGUUUUCAUGCUCAUGAACCCAUUCUGUGACCACUCAUGCCCUGUGGAUGGGGACAUUGUCAUCAUAUGGGGACAAGCCAUGGUAGCCAAAAUAAUGGCCUCCCAGCAUUUUUAUACAUGACCCUAAGCAUGAUGUUAUGUUAAUUGCUUAAUUAACUCCGGAACCACACCUGUGUGGAAGCACCUGCUGAAUAUAUACUUUGUAUCCCUCAUUUACUCAAGUGUUUCCUUUAUUUGGGCUGUUACCUGUAGUGCACUAUGUAUAGAAUAGGGUGCCAUUUGGGUUGCAGAACCUGUCAUAGCGCUGAUGCAUUGUUGACCUUUCUCGGCUGGAAAAGCCUAUGUCAGGGAGAUGCCACGCUCGUUCCUCAUUCCCAGUGGGCGCUGGAACGCGGCACUCGAUAUUGUGUCAAGUGUGCCUGAGCGUUGUAGGUUGAAUAAACGACGGCAAAUCUAAAUGGCCACUCUCUACUCUAUUUAUUACAUUCUCAUUAAAACGGAGACAACACUCCUGCUAAAUCACAGCGCGAUCAAUCAGGGCCCGAAUUUACUCCCCUCUCUCUGUCUCUCCACAUGCAUCUUGGUGUGUGCCAAAUAGCAUCCUAUUCCCUAGUGCACUACUUUUGACCAGGGCCCUCGAAAGUAGUGCACUAUAUAGGGAAUAGGGUGUCAUCAUUCUUACCCCUUAAAAGGAUGCAUGUGGUGCGAUUUGUGUUGUGGAGCUUUUAAAGGCUGAACUUAGACAAAGCCGCUGAGAAAUGUUAAAGCUGCUUGAAUCAUUCUAGGGCCUUUUCCCUUUACCAGGAACCGGGAGCAGCCUGGAUGUGUAAUGCAAACAGUAGUUAGAGGGGCUGUUUUACCGAGGACAUCAGAGAUGUAGCUACAAAUGACAGGUGUUAGGUGUUGCUUCUUUACUGAUGAUCAAAGAACUGUUGAAAUGAUGCGAGCGCGCGCAUACAUUUUCUAUUCAAAUGAUGCCAGCCGAGGCUGCCUGCUCCUUAUGAUCACGGCAUGUUUCACUGCCAGCCGUCACAGCAGCUUUCAGAAGGGUGCGGAGCUUACUUAGGCUGCAUCCCAAAUUGCACUCUACUCCCUAUAUAGUGCACUACUUUUGACCAGGGCUCAUAGGGCUCUGGUCAAAGGUAGUGCACUUUACAGGGAAUAGGGUGUCAUUUGAAACAUAGCCUUUGGGUUUCUACACCGAGGAACAUGAAUAUACACAUAAUCUUGGUUCACUUACUGCAAUACCACUAGAAAAGUCUGCUGUGAAUCUCUCUUUCCAGUUCCCCUUUUUCUUUUGUCUCACCGCUAAGGUUUCCUUCUCCCCUCUGACUAUCUUACCCCUUUUCUUUUGUUCCACUGUUAAUAACUUCUCCCUCCUUUUCCGGUCAGUUUUUUCCCUUUCUUCCUCUUUCUCUCGUUAAUGUUUUGUCUCACCCUGCUCUUCUUCUGCGUCCUCCCUCUCUCCCGCUCUGCUGUUGCAAGAUAACCAACCGCUACAUCUACGACACGGUGCUGCUAUUGGCCAACACCUUUCACAGGAAACUGGAGGACAGGAAGUGGCACAGCAUGGCCAGCCUCACCUGCAUCCGCAAGAACUCCAAGCCCUGGCAGGGAGGGCGCCCCAUGCUAGACAACGUCAAAAAGGUAUUGGUCCAUAUAGGGCAGGUCAAUUCAAAACCUGGACUGAUUUAUACCUGGGACACCAGGUGGGUGCAAUUACUUAUCAGGUAGAACAGAAAACCAGCAGGACUCCGGACCUUCAGGCUCGGAUAGGGGUAUACUUAGGGACAGGCGUUUUUCUUGAAUAUAACGACGGCUGUCAGGUCACGGCGAGGUCAUGACAAACGCCUAGUUCGGAUUUAUUCUGUAUUCAUCAUAUUAUGCACAUCCAUAGGAUACACAUCCUCUGUAGCUCAGCUGGUAGAGCACGGCGCUUGUAACGCCAAGGUAGUGGGUUCGAUCCCCGGGACCACCCAUACACAAAAAAAAAAAAAAAAAAAAAAAAAAUAACUUUAUGCACGCAUGACUGUAAGUCGCUUUGGAUAAAAGCGUCUGCUAAAUGGCAUAUUAUUAUUAUAUUUAUUAAAUAUAUGUAUGAGAUUGUAUUUGCAUAUCCUGUAUAAUGCUUGGAGCGAGGGAUGGAAAAUGUUGUUCACAAUAUGAUAGGAAUGAUGAUAAAUCUGUGUAAAGAAUAUGUCAAGCAAGAGUGGCAUGGACUUUGUCCCAAAUUACACCCUAUUCCCUAUGUAGCCCUAUGGGUCAUAGUCAAAAGUAGUGCACUACAUAGGGAAUAGGGUGCCAUUUGGGACACACAUAUGUUCAGCUGUUUUCAGCUGUUUUCUGUUAUUACAUUACCUGUCAAGGUGCUAUGCUGCUGUAGAUCAUAUGCACACCACAUUAUGUGAAAGACAAGUGAUUCUAUUGACAGACAAGGGAUAGCCCUUCAAUGGCGGAACUCAUCCCUUCUGUCUCCACUUUUCUCUCAGAGGAGACCUUUUAAAUGGAUAGGGAGAUAUGGACACUGUCUGGGGCAUUGAAAAACACCCUGUUGGGGUUGUUGUUGCCGUGUUGAGGCGACAUUGUGCUCUGCAUAGCUACUGUGUUGGCGUAGGAGGCUAGGAUGUGAUGUUAUCACCUUCUCCAUCCCUGUGGCCUUUGCCCCUGGGGGGUGGACUGUACCUGUCGCCAUGUGUCUGCACACACACAUGGGCUUGUACGCGCACACACGCACGCACGCAUGCACGUACCCCCACACACACAGUACACGCACUCACACAAACACAAACACACACACAAACAGUGGCGUCCUCACACCCUGCCCUCUGCCAUGUGCUGCGUGAGCGUUCAGUGAAAGCGACACUGGCCCUGCUGUAGGGAAGGUGAGCCUGCAAAAGCCACGUCCCAUUGAUUCAGUCCCUCUCCAACCAGCCCUGGGACUCUGCGUGUGUGUGAGGUGUUCUUUCCUCCUGUUUUUAAUGGUAAUAACUGCGUAUAGGUGACGUUAAUGUGGCGUGAACCUUGUUAUUUUACUGUAAGCCAACGAUGUAAUGGGCCAAUGUUUCAUUCCCUAGGGUGUCCUCACUGGAUCACUGUUCUACAGCUUCAUUAGGGGAACUGGCUGUUUAUUGGCUUUUCAAUGUGUGCGUUAAGGUGAACUCGCCCGGAUACUGCUCAUCAGCUCUCAUAAUUGGCCGGCUAAUUAUUCCUGUCAGCUCGGUAUUGGUGCAAUACAUUCACAACACUUAUCUUUGUGUUAAUUGCACCUCCUGUGUAAUUGCACCUGCUGUAGAGGACGAUAUAACAGACAGGUGGUAAAGAGAGAGUGUGGGGGGGGGGGGUGUUGAGGAGGGUCUCUGCACUCAUUUGUGAUGUUGGAGAGAUGAAAGGCUAUGUAUGGUGUGACACUUUGUUUGUGGCAGCCAAGGCCCUCUCUGGUGAAAGGGGUUUGUAAGCCAGCUUUCGUUUAGCAAAAGAGGCCCCAAUAAGAGUUGACUAACAACAGACAAUUAUUAUCAUUAUGAUAAUGUAAUGGGUCGCAUGCAGAUGAAUAAAUCUGUUUCCCAACGUGGGCGGACUCGUUGUUGCUCGGGGCUGUCACGUUCUCGAACACAGCGCCGCAGACUGUCCUCAGUGCAGGUGCACUGCAGGCUGAAUGAUGAAAGGGGCGCGAGGGGAGCGAGACAGAGGAUUUGUUGAUUCAUGACCUCUGCACACAUCAAUGGAAAUAUCAAAGCGAGAGGGAUUCUCUUCAGAAAUCCCCACGCUUACCAACCAGGUCAUCACUUCUCAGUGUCUAGGCUGGAGGAUUGAUGAUGUCUUACUACUUAUCUAUCACCUAUUUCUUCCAUUGGGCUCGUGAAAUAGCAGAUAUAAUUAUCCAGUGUGACAAGAGACCUUUUAUAUGAGACAUUUUAAACGUUUUAUAACUUUUUCAUAGACUACAUUCAUUGCAGUGUGUUUGACCUCACUAAUCAUGUGUACGGUGUCCAUAUUAGGAUAGACUCAGUCUCAUCAGGACUUGUUUCGAUCUCAACAGUACUAAGUGCUUUGUCCAUUUUGACAGCACUCUGACUUUGUGUCUGUCCCCUACAGUCUGGAGUGAGUGGUCUGACCGGCUUCCUGGAGUUUACCGACAACGGAACCAACCCCAACAUCUACUUUGAGAUCCUGGGGACCAAUUAUGGCGAGGACAGGGGGAGGGGUGUCAUCAAG